ACAUUAUCGCGACCCCACAACGAAUUUUCUUAUUCAAAAAAUCCCCUGGUAAAUAAUAUCAUCUCACCCCUGAUUGUGUUGUGUUUUAGUCAGAUUUCCCCCGUUAUUUUUUUCGAUUUGUAUGGUAUUUGAAUGAAAGGAAAUCCUCGUAAAUAAAGAUCCAAUAAAAUUUGAUAAUGGAGUUUUCAAAUGAAAAGAAGCGACUCGAAUCUGGAUGUGGUGCAGUUUUACAGGGAAUGGCUGGUAAAAAAGUUUUUGUGGAGCUUCGCAACGAUGUUUAUGUGAUUGGAAUUUUGGAAAGUUGUGAUUCGAAUUUGGAUAUCCGAAUUCAAUAUGCCACAAUCAUUCGAGAUGCUCAAAAAACUGAAGAACCCGAGUACCUCGUAAUUGGGAAACAUGUCAGAUUUGUUCAUUUUGAACAUCAAGUUGUUCCAAUCGCAGCGAUUCGAAGAUGUAUGAAAGGUGAUCAAACAGGACGUCCUAAACAAAAUCGGCGACUUGAUCAGAAACAGUUCGAUACUGGACGGAAGAUUGUGGAUCAGUGAAAAACAGUUUAUAUUUAUAUUAUUUACAAAUUUUAAAGUUGAAUAUUUAAUUUAAAAGCUCAAACUCAAGAACCUAAAAUGUAAAUUUUCGAAAAUAAAUGUUCUAUUCCUUC